AUGGAGCGUUUCUCAAAGACCCUCUACCUUCCCUACGACAUUUGGGUUGCCAUAACCAUUAAAGUCGCGUCAAACUCCAUUCAAGACCUGUGCAGUCUUAGAAUGACAUGUAACGCUGCGCGCGAGAUAGCAGAUGAAGAUAUUGUGCACACCAGUGUUUCUAUACCAGCUCCGCAUGCCAUGAGGUGGUGGUUGUACCGCGACUCGGACGCAAUAAGAUUCUUUGACCGAUGCAUGGAGAGUGGCUACCGGGAGCUUCUGUUUCGGGAGGCGCUACGGGAGCUCUACAUGCGACGUAACCACAUCGUUGGGUUGGAAAUGCUGCAGAAUGCCGCAAGCAAGGUCCAUGAAGCUGCCAAGUACGCACUGUCAAUGAUGUUUCUCCUUCUAGAGACGUCAAGGAGGCAAAAAAGAAUGGGAUCGAACUAUUUCACGCGCUUGAUGCAGCUAGUUUACUCACCGUGUGUGAAGCAAGGUGCUUUGGGGUUCUGA